AUGACCUGCGUGGCCAAGUUUUACGACGAUGUGAUUGAGGAUGUUAUAAGUGGUGUUAAAGAUGAGUUUGUAGAGGAUGGUGGUGAUAUCCAGAUACUUGAAGAACUCAAAAAGUUAUGGAAGUCCAAACUUGCUGAGACCCACGUCUUUAGCCCAGAGCCUGUCGGCGGAAGUGCUGCACAAUAUUUGAACCUUCUGCAACGUUCUCAAGUUCAGAUCCAUCCAAAUGUCGUCAGUUCUGGAAAUCCCUCCGUAGGUUUACCAAUAAGGCAGUUGAAUACAAUCAUCCGAACUGGGUCAGAUCAGACAACAGCAAGCAUGGCGCUUCCUGGUACGCUUUCAGGUUUGCGACUACCUGCAGCACGGGCUUCUGUCUCAGUCCCCACUCAAAUGCGAUCUCGUGAGCCAGUACAAGCUACUCCGUGUUUGGCCUCAGUUAUACUUCCAACUCAGUCGCAAACACAAAAGCAACCUCAAACAACCAGCGUUCUUCCCGCUGUGCUUACUUCCAAUCCAAGUGGAGCUCAAUCAAGACCUACUGCAACUACUAACGUUCAACAAGUUACAACACCCCAGCUCGCCACACUGCCUUCAGGUCUUACAGGACAUCUUGUACAAAUCGGCCAACAGACUUAUCUCGUCCCUCAGCCGUUAACAGCAGUCCGUCAACCUGGUGUUCAUCUGGCUGUUCCUCAGUAUAUAGGUAACCCAAGUGUGGCAACCAACAAUUCCAUGGCUUCUGAUUCCAAACCUUUUACUGUUUCAGACAUUGGGCAGUUUAAACAAACACAGGUCGAUGGUGUCCAUGAUAGCGAUGAUGAAAAGUUCUGUGAUACUCCUGUAUCACAAUCGAUGAGUGUACCUGGGCGUCGAAAGAAUCAAAAUAAUGGACAGCAUAAUUAUAAUGAUAGUGUUGCAUCCCAUGCCCAUCAUGGUUCAGAUCUAGAAGAUGAUGAUGACGAUGAUGAUGACUUAGUCCCUGCUACUCCUGGUUUCACCCCACACUCGUCUGUUUUAUCUCAUUACAACACUAGUCGUUAUGUGAUGGAUACUCCAAGAGAUAUGGGUGGGGGCACACCUCUUGUAAGUGCCCCACCCACUCCUAUGACCCCACCUUCCGUAUCAGUCCCAGAAAGUCACUUACGCCCUGGACAACAGUCCUUAGCUACUCAUUCACUUCACACUGCACAAACACCUGCUUCCAAACGUCGAAGACUUUCACCAUACCACGGGAAGAAUACAGAUACAGAUGAGUCUGAGGGUUGUGAUGAUGGCGAAGAUCCAGACAUAGUAACUACUACCACUACACCGGCCAACCCAAACGAACUAUCCAUAGAAAACUACGAAAAUACUGUUGAUCCUAAGCGAAAAUUGGACCAAGUGAAGCAAAAACUUAAACAGCGUCCACAACAAGAUAGGAAUCCAGUCAGUCCUAAGAACAAUCGUAUAACAAAACAGUUUUCAUCCCCAACUGAAUCAGAGCUCGGUGUUCCAGAUCAGAUGGAAUUCCUUGAAGGAGAUCCUCUAAAAGCAGAAGAGGAAGGAGAAGAAGAUGAGGAAGAAGAACCUCUGAAUUCAGAGGAUGAUUAUGAUAAGGUGGUGAAUUGGGCCAAUAAGAAAAUACUCAUAUCCACUCAUUAG